GGUCACCUUGAUUAUAUACGAAGGCAUCACGACAAAUGUCUUGUUGGUCCAGUCUCUGGUGAUACACCGCAGAGUAUAUAUGGUCCAACUGUCAACGAAUGGACGUCAUUUUCCUUAGGAGAAUAUGUAGAGAGGAACUAUGGACAUAUGUAUUCUGGAGCCUCCGCCUCAUCUGCAAAUAUUGCCUUACACGUGCCUCAGGGCGAGAUGGAUCAGACCAUGGCGCAAGAUGUUAUAUCUCCAGAUCCUGCACCACCUGCGCUACCCGCAUCACCUGCACCACCUGCACCACCUGCACCACCCGCGUUACCCACAUCACCUGCAGUACCCGCAUCGCCUGCACCAAUGCCACCUGCGCCAAUGCCGCCUGCGCCAAUGCCACCUGCGCCAAUGCCACCUGCACCAAUGCCGCCUGCACCAAUGCCGCUGACACCUACGAGGCUGACUCCCUCACCGACUCAGACGCCAGUGAUGUCGAUGCCCUCACCGAUGCAGACACCAGUGAUGCGGACGCCCUUGCCAAUGCCGACACCAGUGAUGCGGACACCCUCGCCAAUGCAGGCACCAGCCUAUCCUGAUUACAGGCAUGGUACGCCUUCUGGUUUACAAAAUUGUGAUAAUUUUGGUGAAGGCAAUGGUGCUGAGCCUGCACAACCUGGUCCGCUACAGUGCCCUACUGCAGGUAGCUUUUUGGAUGGCCCACCAAGUCCCUUGGAGUCAGCAGCAAUUCCGGCACCUCAGGUCAAUGGUGAAGAUCCACUCUGUCGCCUCAUUGAUGUUCGGGAGUUUGAUGCCUUACGCUUGAUGACAAAAUUUCAGCCUGAUCUUAAACUCUUUGUUUGUGAACGGUGCCGGUGCGGUGUAUGGGCAGAUCAACUUGUAGGCCAUAUAAUCAAUAAUCACAAGCAACAUCUAUCGCACAGCGUGAAGAAAACCACUCUAGAAAUCACGAUAAAAGCAGCAAGCCAAAAACUUGGUGCUGCAGAGUAUUCUCAGCGUCCAAUAGUUUUGCCAAAGCGGGUUCUUCCACCUCUUCCUUGGCUACUAGAGCCCGUUCGAGGUUUCCAAUGCCGUCACUGUCCCUACGUGGCUGGAACAUUUGAUUCAGUUGGGGAUCAUGGAAAGAAAACUCAUCCACGCCACGAACUAGGGCCGUGCAUCUCUAAACAAGAUCAACCUGUUUUUGCUCAGCGCCUAUUUUCCAAGAAUCAGUAUUUCGUCGUUCACAUGAUGUUGCAGAACGUAGGCCCCGAUCAUCUUUUUGCGAAGUUCUAUUCUACCCUUUCUGCCCGCUACAUCAAUGGUGCAUUUGUGACAGGCGACUUGUCCGACACUUCGGAUGUUGCAGAACACUCGCCAUUUUUGACAAAUACUGGCUGGGCCGAAGCAACAAAAGGAUAUUCUCUCGCCGCAUUGCGAGAUCUUUCUGUCUCCAAAGUUGUCAAACAGGAUAUCGACUGCAUAGCUCGUAUCAAGGGCAUUGGAGCAAAAUACCUCUCCAUGAUUUCCUCUGCAUCAGAGAUUGACCAUGCUCUUUUGGACGAGCUUACCAGCUGGCGCACUCGAUAUCGUCCAUUCCAGAUACUACAGGAAAGGCACUCAGUCGAAGGCUAUGGAGUCCAUUGUGACCGCCUUAUUAUGAUGAUUUUACGCAUAAAGUCCAUUCAGACUGAUUCUGAUGAAGGAACAAGCAGCGAGGCCAGCUCUGACUAUGAGAGCCAUGGAGAAUGCGAGGGCAUUGAAGAAGAUAUCAUCAUCCCAGGGUUGGAUUGGAAUGACAUGGACUUUGCAGAUGGAGAUGGAGAUGAAGACGAAGACGAAGAAGGCGAGAGGGGGCCUAUAUCAUGGCCUGAUGAAGACGGAUCGGAAAAUUUGACUUGCCUGAGCGCCGCAGAUGAUCACCCACCUUACCCCAUCUUCCUGAAUGCUAUUCAGAAGCGGCGUGCAAAGAUACUAAGAGAGUCCUGUGCCGAUCCUGACUCGCCUGAAGAACAGCUCAUGGAAGCUUAUCAUUUGCUCCUGUUGUCUGUAUUCACUACUCACACCAGCGACAAUCCAAGGCCUCUUCACUCUUUUGUUGAUUCAUUUGUCAUAUCUACCAGCGUUAACGCCCAGGGUCAUUUUGCGUCGCCUCACCUUAUCUCCAGCCAUUUGUCCAAGAUUGUUUAUGUCGGACUUUUCUCUAUCUUAACCGAGGUCAUGAAAUCCCCAGAUCCUUACCAAACGUUCAUGAAGACCAUGAAAGUGUGGAUAGAACCUGGUAUGCGCACGCCAUUUUGCACUAUCCGAAGAUACUCUCGACUAUGCUAUGCGAUAUGCCGAGGACACAUAGCCCUACCUAGACUCCAGUUUGCAGUAUUGGAUGGGCCAGACUUUACGUUUGAUGGCAAGUCGCUGUCUGUAACCUCCAUGACGCGGAUGUACCACAGUGUCUAUCGGGAUAUGGUCCAUAUACUUGAACAAGAUCUUCUAUUUGGAGCAAGCGAUGCUGAUCUGCAUCCUCUCAAGACGCCAAAGGAAAUUACAGACAAUACCCAUGAACGCGUCCUUGGACGCGGUGUGUUGGUUUCAGAAAUGCAGGCAGCAUGGGUCUUGAUGAAGCUUAUAAUGAGCGAUGAAAAGCUCAUGAAGAAGUAUUUUAGCAUCGAUUCCAAUGGACAUCCAGUGCCGCGCAAGGGAGCAUGGGAAGAGUAUCUGGAUAGUAUCGAAGUGUUCAAGGAACACUUCUAUUUUUUAUUCCAUCAGAUUCCGGGAAUGCCGAAACGGGGCGCAGAAGAGAUUCGGACCAAGAUCGUGGAUACAAGUUUCCGCAGCCGCAACCUUAUGUACCUCUUUCGCCGACUUGCCUGUAUAGGAGAUUACAGCAAAUCAUCUCGAAACUCUGGCAACGACAAACUCACCCUUCAUUUCAUGGCUCGCCCUCUAGAAAUUGUACUCAGGCGAUUUCAGGCAUCUGUAGCCACCAUUGGCGCAUGGGCUAUUGAUCUUGUGCUUCCUGCGGAGUCCAUCGAUCCUCAUCACCACUGUUAUCUCUUAUCUAGCAAGGGCCAGAGAUGGACGUCUGAGCGACUUUCUCGCAUCCUUCAGCAGCUCACUAGCAAACACCUUCCCGGUAAGGUCUGCCUUAACAUGAGCUCGCUGAGGCACAUCCUGCCUGGCAUUGCAGAGCAUUACCACAUCUCAGAUGUCCUAACUCCGAGAACUGAUGACGUGUUACACUCUCAGCUUGGCCAUAAUCAAAAUACAGGUGAUCGGAUGUACGCCAGAACGCAUCAAGAUCAUCCUCAGCUAACAAGCACUAUGGCUCACCGAACGAUGAGGUUUUGCGAUCUCUGGCAGGAGCUAUUAGGAUUCAAAGAAGACACCCCCAACGAAGAUGCUGCCCUCUCCCUCCAGGCGUCUUAUGCUCACCAGCAAUCCUCUUCUAAAAAUACACUUUCAUCCCUGUGGACUCGGAGAAGUAGCCCCAUCGCAGCCUCAAAUCCCGAUAUGACAGUGCCCCCUCAUAACCAUGAUCUUCUUGAGGAGAUUCAAAGUAUGCGGGCUGCUUUAGCCAAGCUGACUCAUAUGGUGUCGUCCAUCUCCCGAGCAGUCCUUCCAUCAGGCACUGCAGCGCCUGCCAUCCAAUUAUCUCGACAGUCUAACUCUGGCAUCGUCCAUUUAACUACUGCCUCGGCCGAUGGUCUGGGCCAAUCUGAUGACCUAGUUAAUACUACUAGUGCAGCUCUUGACGCCAAUAGCCCACCAGCUGAUUAUGAGGUUUCCCAUAACCAGCAACUGGCUAAACGCCGAAGUCUACCAAGCAAUUCUGAAGACGAGGUGGAAGAACGGCCUUUGAAGCGGUUGAGGACCAAUGCACUUGGAGAUGAUCGGGGUCCCUUGGGCAUUGACAGUUUGUCACUUCACACUGAAGAAAGACCUGCCAGCGCCGAUUCUGAGGCUCUCCAAGAAGACAUUAGCAAAGUAUACUGCCCUCAGUGCGAUGUCCACCUCUCCGGCUCUGAUUCCGAUAUAGCUACUCAUUUUCAAGACAAAAAACGUCAAGAAGGCAUCAACAGCUGGCAUAUACGCAGUUUCAAGGCUCCUGUUGCAGGGCAAAGGCACGAAAUUUUCAUUCACCGCGCAAGAGACCUCAAAUUUCUGUGUCCUUGCGGUUUUUCAGAUUACGAAAAGCAUGCAAUGCAGGCUCAUCUCGCUUCACUCAUACCAAGAGCGGGAGAAAGCCAAGUUGGACACGAAAAUAAUAAGAUGGUUCCUGUGCAUGCAAGCCCAGCUCUAGCCAUCAUUCGCUUGUGCACCUUCUCUCCCUCUUUCUUGAUCGUUCCUGCAACGUAA